UCAUUCUGUUUUGACAGUUCAUAAGCAACAGAACAGUUGCCAUUAUCGCUCCACGUAAACAGCUGACUCGAAUCGCGGUUGUGCAUGAGAAAAUCAGGAAUAGAAUAGCGGUAUAAAAUUCAGGAAUUUUAAGUGAAUAUACUUGGGUUUAAUUUGUGAUAAAAAUAAAAUAUUUGCUAUUGUGCAAGCUUAACAUACAUUUUAACUGCAUAGCGGAAAUAUAGAAAAAAAAAAAUGGUUUCAUAUUUUGUACCGCGUGGACGCUUUCUGAUUAAAGCAGGCAGUUUAAGGCAAGCGGCUAAUUUAAAACAAGAGCCGGGAAAAUGGUCUAUGUUGCGUAAUUUUCGUCAAUCGUUUUCAACAAAAUUAAAUCGGGACGCAUUAGCUACAGAUUCGAAACAUGCGAAUUUAAAAUCGGUUGUGCGUUGCAAUAAUACACCGGGGAAAGCAGCUACAAAAAAUAGAAGAAACUUUGAAAAACAAGAUCUGGUGAGCCGCAGUGUUUGGACAAAAUGGACAGGUUUUCUGUUGCGCUGGACACCUGUGGGCAUUUGUCUGUUCGGAGUUAUCGAGUGGCAGCUACAUAAACAAAAAUGUGAAGGGGAAAACUUGCCACGUACAGCAUCAUCUUUCCAAUCAAAGGUUUACUGUUCCUUACCGCUACGCAUAAUUAGUCGAUGCUGGGGUUGGUUAGCUGCCUGUUAUGUACCAGUUACAUUACGACCAUAUAUAUACGGUUGGUACUCAAGCAUAUUCGGUGUUAAUUUGGAGGAGGCAUUACAUCCUGAUUUUAAAUACUAUAAUAGUCUAGCGGAAUUUUUCACUCGACCUCUACGACAAGGUGUGCGCCCUAUUGACCAAAAUGCUACUAUCAUUUCUCCUGCGGAUGGGUGCGUGUUACAUUUUGGGUCAGCCGAAAAUACAUUAAUACAAGAAGUGAAAGGUAUUAAGUAUAGUGUACAAUCCUUCUUAGGCCCAGUUACAUGGCGCGAACGAUUAGGCUGCACAUUCCCAGAAGAAUUAAAAGAACACAACGAUGGAUCAACCGAACUUUAUCAAUGUGUUAUAUACUUAGCACCUGGGGACUAUCACCGUUUUCAUUCCCCUGCUGAGUGGCAGCCAAAACUGAGACGUCACUUCGCCGGUGAAUUGUUGUCAGUGAAUCCACGCAUAGCGACUUGGCUUCCCGACCUCUUUUGCCUGAAUGAGCGAGCUGUUUAUGUGGGCAAAUGGAAACACGGCUUUUUCAGUUAUGCUGCAGUAGGCGCGACCAAUGUGGGCUCCGUGCAGAUACAUAUGGAUGAGAAUUUGAAAACGAAUCGUUGGAUGGGAUUGAAAUUAGGUGCUCAUGCAGAUCGUGACAUAUAUGAUGAGGUUGUAUUAUCGGACAGCAAAACUUUGGGACGAGGGGAACUGCUGGGACAGUUCAAUAUGGGUAGCACAAUUGUGCUCCUAUUUGAAGCACCUAGGAACUUCCAUUUUAAUAUUAAAACUGGUCAGAAGGUACAAAUGGGUCAGCCCUUGGGUACUUUGGAGUAAGUCAAAUAGUGCAGCCACUUACCAGUGGCCUUAAGCCGAAGAACUUCUUGAUAUAAAGGAAUUAAAUGCACUAGUUACGAUCCAAAUGGGUACAUACAAAUCAUGACAGCAGUGAAAAUGUUUGAAAUGAUAUAUGUGCUAGUAACUGAUUGUGAUGCGCUUGCGUCUGUUGAAGCAUUGUAAGAACUGUUGAUUUUAUUUUUAUAUUUUUUGUUUUGUUUAUUUAAAUUUGUUUAUCGUGAGAAUAAUUUGUAACCAAAGGAACCCUUAGAGAAAAAAUAUGUUCAAAACUUGACUUGCUUUAUAUAUUGAAUUUUCAUUUAAAGGUAUUUCUGUGCUUUAAGGUUGAUAUAUUUUUCUUGAUCCUAUUUAGUGCAGAACAUAUAUGAUGAACACGUAAAGUUUUGCUAACGAUUUUCACUAGUACUUUAGUUGUUUAUUUGUUUUAUGCUAGGUAUGUGGAAUGUAUUGAAAAGAUGUCGUGUCGAGAUCAUUUAAAUCCACAUAUUUGUAUUAUCUGUUAUUGUGUACCUCUCGAACCGUAUGACGGUGAUAAAUAGUUAAUAUGAUCGAAAAAUUGUAAUAUUUUUUAAUAAUUUAUUAAAAAAUUUCUAUGAAAGAAAAUAAUA